GAGGUCGUGGAGCUCUGCGUCGUCGUCCUUGUCCGGGAGCUGCGCGCCGGACGCGGGCUUCUUCUCGUCCGUCUGCCUGCGGCUGGACUCGACGAGCAGCGGCCUGCGCGUCGAGGACAUGCUGCUGCGCUUUGGGGACGGACAUUGGACGCCCCACUUGCACGAUUGGAUUCCAAUGGAAGCCCUGGACGAGAUCCAUAGGAGUAUCCAGGAGAUUGUGAAUCAGGCAGCGUACGGAGGUGGCGAGGAGGUGGCGGCUGGCGUCAGCCUCGGUGCGGUGCGAUUCUCCAGGAGCGGAACUACGUUUCUGCAGGCGGAGGGUGCAGAGCUGAGGGUCGAUGGCCCCAUGAUCGAUCCACGCGAUUCAGACAAGGAUUCCGAUGAAUUCAAUCCGAUGGUGCUCAUGAAGCUGACUGGGGUAUCGAAACUUCGCAUGCCUUGGCAGAGCGUGCCGAAGAGGGUCUCGGGAAGAUUGCCCCCGAUCAGCGAGUCAACGACGGAAGCGGUGGAUGAUGGCGGCGCGUCGGUACUCAGAAGGAGAACCAGUGACCUGAAUAAUAGCGCAAAGAGAUGAGACAUAUUUGUGCAUGAAGGGCAGGGUCGGGGGAGGGCGGCCGCUGACUACGAGGCCUGAUGCGAGCCGACCGCGUCCCCCAGGCUCUGGCAGUGUUCGUGGCCUCCCGCAGCUUCUCGCAUUCUAUAUAUAUAUAUAUAUAUAUAUAUAUAUAUAUAUAUAGAACAGCAAAGUGUUGCUUUUGUCCGCAGAUUGUUGCUGCGUUUCGGCAGGUUUUCCAGCGCCGUGUUGCCAUGUGCUGCUCCUUCAGUAUAGCGCUGGGUGCGUCUUCAGACCACCCCAAGAUUGCCCCACAGCAUCCGCAGAA